CGUCUUCGGUCUUCGGAAUGGACGAUAUGGGAAGCAGGCAGAGAGUCAAUAGGUUGAUUAGCUGUUAAUUAUUUGAUUGAUUGAUUGAUUUCAGAAGAUCCAAGACUUCACCAUUGGCUAUAAAUUCUCACUGCGGUCUCACUCCCGAGCUGGAAGCUGCAAUUCUUUAUAAUUCCUGCUUCUGUGUAUCCGACACUCGAGGGAUUCUCCUUUGCUUGCUGUAAGUUUUGCAGAACCCUAAAGGACUAGCCACUGAAAGAAGGAAAGCUCAAUCCAGAAUGCCUCAAGUAAAGAUCAUAGCGAAGAAUUUUAUGGACAUGGUGGCCUCCUUGCCCGCCAUGAAGCUCGAUCAACUCUAUGAGAAUGCCUUCAUCUGCGAAGCCAUUCUUAGGUCACUUCCACCCCUUGCCAAGAAGUUUGUUUUACAAAUGUUAUACAUUGAUGCUCCAGUAACAGCCAAGUCCAUGGAGGAGUGGGUGCUCCCAGAUGGAGUCUCGAAGUAUAAGGUUGCCGUUGAUCGAUUGAUUCAAUUGAGAGUAUUUAUUGAGACUGCGGAUAGGAAAAGAGAAACAACCUACAAGCUAAAUCCAACGUUCCAAGCUAACCUCCAAAAGCUUUUAAUACAUGGUGAAGUUCUAGCCAGAGAACCAAUGCCUUCUAAUAUUACCGUGAGGCUUCCAAAUUUGGAAGAACUUGAGGCUUAUGCUCUGGAUCAGUGGGAGUGCUUCUUGCUGCAAUUGAUAAACUCAGGCCAAGCUGAUAAGCCCUCAAAUAUUAGUUCUUCCGUGAUGAAAGUUUUCCAGAAAGGCCUUUUAAGUCAGAGGGAUAAAGAAACUCCACGAUUAACUGAGAGCGGUUUCCAGUUCUUGUUGAUGGAAACAAAUGCACAACUUUGGUAUAUCAUCAGAGAAUAUAUAUCUAAUGCCGAGGAGCGAGGUGUCGAUCCUGCAGAUUUGAUUUCUUUUCUGCUGGAGCUUAGUUUUCACGUGACAGGAGAGGCUUAUGAUAUUGAUACACUGACAGAAGAACAGAGGUAUGCUAUCAAGGACCUUGCUGAUCUGGGACUAGUUAAGCUUCAGCAGGGUAGAAAAGACAGUUGGUUCAUACCUACUAAAUUAGCCACGAAUCUUUCAAUGAGUUUGGCAGAUUCUUCUUCGAGGAAGCAGGGAUUUGUUGUCGUGGAGACAAAUUUCAGGAUGUAUGCUUAUUCUUCUUCCAAACUACAUUGUGAAAUAUUACGUCUUUUUUCGAGGAUUGAGUAUCAACUUCCAAAUCUUAUAGUUGGAGCAAUAACGAAAGAAAGCUUGUAUAAUGCUUUUAAGAAUGGGAUUACGGCACAGCAGAUAGUUACUUUUCUACAGCAGAAUGCACAUCCUCGUGUUGCAGAGAGAAUACCAUCAGUCCCAGAAAAUGUCACGGAUCAGAUUAGGCUUUGGGAAUCGGAUCUUAAUAGAGUUGAUAUAACUCCCGCACAUUUUUACGACGAAUUCCCUUCCAGGGAAGUUUUCGAGGCUGCUUGCGACUAUGCACGAGAAUGGAAUGGGUUGCUAUGGGAGGACUCGAAAACCUUGCGACUGGUAGUGAAGGCAGACAUACACACACAUAUGCGGGAACAUCUUCGCCGUCAAAAGUAGAUCGUGGAUUAGAUGAUACAAUAAUGCUACCAAUAUCUGUUUAUAAUCAUGGCCGCUGGUACUUCAGUUUUUGUUGCUUCAGUGGCAUGUGCUAAAGAUUUACUUCAUUCAAUGAGCAAGGUGAAGAACGCAGUGAGAGUUCUAUGGGAGAAAAGAACAUUGUGCCAGUGAUGAAGAGUUUCUUACUGUGUACGUUAUUAUUUUUCAAAUUGGUUCUUUCAUAAUUUAUACGAUACGGAAGUUUUGUUAGGUUGAUUUUCCUUGGUCGAUUGACUUAUGGUACAUAACCGUUGAGAGAUGUGGUUGCAAGAAACAGAUGUCAGAUGUUUCUAUGACUAAUGGAAUAUAUGCAAUGGUUGGUUUCAA